AUGGCUCCUAAGGGUGCGAGCCUUGAUAGCUCCGUGACAGCUUCUUCAAAGACCAAGUCAAGUGUCAAGGAUAUCAAAAAUCAAUUUGAGGGACUUGUGAUCUCGGCAAGUGGGACAAUUCCUGACUACAAGCAUGACGAAAUUCAAGCAAUGGUUGAAGAAUGCGGCGCGAAGUUCGAAAAGAUGAAUAUCAGCGAAUGCACCCAUCUCAUCACCACCGCUGGAUGCUAUCGCAGCAAAACAGUCCCUGCCAAAAUCGUCGAGGCUCAACAGAACCCCAACUGUGAAAUUGUUUCGAUUGACUGGUUGCUCUCGUCCGUCAAGGCAAAAGCGCCUCUCGCUGUAAGGGGCUUCCUGAUCAGGGCGCUUGGUUCGAAGCGCCUAGUAUCAACCACGAGCGACUCCGGGUCCAAACCAACUCACAAACGCAAACUCAGUUCCGAUUUAAGUCAAAGCGCCAGCCGGCGCACAAAAGGUGGGAAGGACAGGGUUAUGGCGAACAUUAUCAAGCUUUCUGCUUUGGUUGAUAAGGGGAUCCCCGCCGAAGGUAGAAAAAAUCCUGCAGUCUGGAUGGACGAGGGUGGUGUGAUCUGGGAUGCCACAUUGGUCAAAUCAUUGACGCCUGUGGAUAACAUCAAAAAUUCGGCGACGCCUUCAGCCAGAAUCUUUCGAAUCCAGAUGAUCAUAGACACUUCAGGCGACAUUUACCAUACCUUCAUUCGUGAGACGUCUUUGCACCGGGAACACAUAAUUACUUGCAAGGGUGAUGGCCACUUUUCACGAGCGAUUGCUGAAUUCAAAGCUGCUUUCAAGCGGCUUACUGGUCUUAUCUGGAGUGAACAUCAGGAACAGCCAAAAAGUGGAAAGGCCAUUUUCAUUCAGUCUGUGACUUACGAUGAUCAACCAAAGCUUGAGUCGGCAGUCUGUGAUGUUUUAAGCAACUUCGUGAAUAUACAUGAUUUGCUCAACGUCAAAACCACCCUGCUGGAGCCUUAUCCCAACAAGCUCCUUGAAACAAAGGCAAAGACCUUCGAGCACUCCAUAUUGACUGCAAUUUCUCUCUUGAACAAGAUCUCUGACUUGCAGAGACGGACACAAGAUGACAGUGGUGGUGCCAAAAGGCUUACAACUAGCCUAAGCCAAUGCUUCUUUGGGUUGUUUUGGCCCAAGGGCACACCUUUGCCUACCAAGGUCAAGACUGACUGGAUCAGUCGUUCACGCAGGUUAAUCAAAGACCUGGAAGACUUCAAGGGAGUUGAAGAUGCUCCAAAGAAGUCGAGCAAACCAAGUCCUACUCUUUCGCGUCAUGUGCUUGGCUUGCUGCACCUGGAAGCAAUGACCACAGUAAAAGAUGACACCGAUGAGUACAAAGCGCUUGUUAAAUACUUUGAAAACAGCAGUUAUGGCUACUACUACCCCGUUACGUCUAUUGGCUUCUGCGAAAUACUCUCCGGGGAGGAAGGAUUCAUGUUCUUAUGCGAUGUUGAACUCGGUCGACAAGGAGGGGAGUGGUGUUACAACGGCCAAUCAAGCAUUGCGGAUUCUUACCUCCACGACGGUCUAUCUCAUAAAAAUUGGAGGGAUGCAGCAUUUAUACAUCCCGACUUGAAAGGCGUGCAGAUCCCCAAUGUGCCCCGGCCAAGCGUGGCAAUCAACGACUUCACCAAGGAGUACAUCAUCAUGAACCCAGCUCAGAUCCGUCAGCGAUACAUAUUCCACUUCAUGCUA